GAAUAAUAGAGUGAGUAUUUUAAUUUGAAUGAAUGUGAUCUCUUAUGACUAAUUAAUUUGAAAAGUCUUACAUAUUUAUUUAUUAAAUUGAAUUAACCUUGUGUAUCGUAGCAGAAGUGUGGGUAGGUAUUAUUCCUGUGGAUGCACUGUGCAGUCUCAACAGCAAGCAAGGCGAAGAUCCCUAUGAUAUCAAUUCUCUCCAUUUCUCGAUCGAAAUCCAAACUUGAAUUCAACACUACUCAGCUUUUUCAGACACCCUUUUCCCCAAAACUAAGUAAAAAACUUUAAUUUUAUAUUUUUGUUCAUUUCCAAAGGAAAGGGGAAUUGGGGGAAAGGGUUUGGAAUUGGAUGAUAUGGAAUUGGAUGAUGAUCAAUUCUAUGAUACUCAUGAGGAUUUCUGUUCUGUCUCUGAUAAGGGUUCUGAUUAUUGUUCAGAAUCAUGUUCUAGUAAUAAUAAUUAUAAUAAUGAAUUUGUUACUAGGUUUCAUGUUUGGACUAAAAACCUUGAAAGUGUUCACCACAGACGCUUCAAUUUUUUAAGAUGGAUGGGUUUGGAGUAUGAUGUGGAUUCAAUUGAGGGAGAUGAGUUAGGAGGAGAUUCAUCUGGUGGAGUUGACCGAUUCUUCGAAACCAGUGGGGAUGUGUUGGGAACUAUAGAGGGUCUUGUGUUGGAUUCCUUGUCAAAUUAUGCUUCUAGGUCGUUAGAAAAUUGUGUUGAUGGUACUGAGGAUUUGGCUUGUAUGAUAAAGAAUUUGGAUGAUGGAACACAGUAUGUUGUAGAUAAAUUAGAUCAAGAUGGAACACUUAAUACACUGCGUGUUUUGGGUUCGAACCAAUUGAUUAGUUUCGAAGAGUUUCAUAGAGAUAUUGGGCCGUCGUCGUUUGUUCGCAGACAUUUGCAGAGAGAUGCUGAAAGUACUAGAUUGUUGUGUGUUGCUAAAAGGAAAAUGAAGAGAGGUUGGUUGAAGAAACUGGAUACAAUUACUUGUUUCUAUCAUAAUCAAGGGCUUGGUGAAACUUGCUGCAAAGACUUUGAUUCUGGAAUAAAAAGAGUUCGAGUUCAUCCGCAUAAGAAGCGAGUUAAGGAGCUUUCAGCUCUUUAUACUGAACAAGAGUUUAAAGCACACAAGGGUGUUAUUUUGACAAUGAAGUUCAGUCCUGAUGGAAAAUAUCUGGCUAGUGGUGGUGAAGACGGCAUUGUGCGUGUGUGGAAGGUGGUUGAGGAUGAUAGAUCAAAUGAAUUGAACAUAGUGGACAAUGAUCCAUCAAAUAUAUAUUUCAAAAUGAAUAAAUUUUCUGGUUGUGUGGCACCCCUUGAUGUAGGUAAAGAGAAAUUUGUUAAAACAGAGAAGAUGAAGAGAUCAUCUCCUUCAACAUGUGUGAUUAUACCACCAAAGACCUUUCGCAUAUCGGAGAAACCUUUGCAUCAAUUCCAGGGGCAUAGUGAUGACAUUUUAGACCUUGCAUGGUCCAAAUCAGGGUUUCUACUUUCAUCGUCUGUGGAUAAGACAGUGCGCCUAUGGCAAGUAGGGAUUGACAAAUGUCUUCGAGUUUUCUCCCACAAUAAUUACGUGACAUGUGUGAAUUUUAGUCCUAUCAAUGAUAAGAUUUUCAUCAGUGGUUCAAUUGAUGGAAAGGUGCGGAUCUGGGAAGUAGUUCGCUGUCGGGUUGUUGAUUACAUUGAUAUCAGAGAGAUAGUCACGGCUGUGUGCUUCCGCCCUGAUGGAAAGGGCACGAUUGUCGGUACCAUGGCGGGCAAUUGUCGUUUAUAUGACAUUCUAGAUAAUCAUAUGAAGAAGGAUACUCAAUUGUCGUUACAAGGCAAAAAGAAGACAUCGGGGAAAAGGAUCACGGGCUUUCAGUUUUCACCCAGUGACCCGAGCAAAUUGUUGGUUGCUUCUGCCGAUUCUCAUGUCUGUAUACUCUCUGGAGUUGAUGUCAUCUACAAAUUCAAGGGACUGAGGAGUGCAGGUCAGAUGCACGCAUCCUUCACCUCCGAUGGGAAACACAUCGUCUCACUUAGCGAAGGUUCAAAUGUUUGUAUCUGGAAUCACACUGGCCAGGAUAAGAAUACUUCCAAACCAAAACAGAUUUGGUCUUCUGAGAGUUUUCUAUCCAACAAUGCAUCAAUCGCCAUACCUUGGUGUGGCAUCGAGUCCAUGCCGUUGUCCCCUUCGCUCGGAGAAGACUUGAUUCGUAGGUCAUCCUUGUCUUCUCCCGAUUGUUUCUUCAUGGGUCGCGGAUUUCUUUCCGAGUUAGUCCCAAAGGUUUCUCCAACAUGGCCGGAGGAGACGCUUCUUGACUCGGGUCAGACUGUUGUUUCUCCUACAAUGUGUAAAUCAGAGUACAAGUUCUUGAGAGGUGCUUGCAAGGGAAUGUCUAAUUCUCAUUUGUGGAACCAAGUGAUUGUAACAGCAGGAACUGAUGGAUACAUAAAAGUGUACCAAAAUUACGGCUUACCUGUUCGAGUUUGAAACACAAGAAUUUGUUGGAUUCUAAUGUAAGUUACAAAACUCCAUCGUUUGGUAAGCGCGGGAAUGCCGUUAUGUAAUAUUCUUUAUACAGAGUCGAUAUCAAUUAUAUGAUUCUUUAAUUUUUAAGGAUUUGUCAGUUGAGAGAAUGUAAGUUUCAGUUUUGCUGAUGGUCCUUGUGAAAAUGUAAUUCCCGAUUGUGUAUAGUAUAUACAAGAUUUUAUUCAAUUUUAAUUUAUACAUGAAAUUAUUGUUUGCAA